AUGCCGCCGAAAAGGAAAAAUCAGGCUAAGAUGCCACCUGUUGGACAAGCGAUUGAUGACGGGGUGGUGAGUGACGGUGACGAUGAUCCUAGGACCGUGUUUGAUCAAGAGAUAGCUUUGGGGCUAGUGCAAGAAGACGACGAAGAAGAGGACCUUGAUUGGAACGAGAACGAUGAUGAAUCCGAUAAUGAAGCUCAAAAUGAAGGUUCGGCGUCCUCCAGCGUCGAUUCAACCUCAAGUUACGUCGCGCGCCAACGACAACGAGCAGAACGCGAGAUACUAGAAAACUGGGCAUGCUCUAGUAUUGAAGGUGCCUUUCCUUCGAAGACAUGGCUCAAGGGAAAGAUGGACGUGGAAAAGAAGAAGUUCGACCUGAGAGAUCUUAACACAGCAAUACUCCUGCUAUUUCGACGACUGUCGCGCCUAACUGUGGGCGCUAGUGAUGAUAUCAAGGAGAAGAUAAGAGAGAAGUGGAAGUUCAGGAAUCAUGAUAAGGUAAAGCGUGUAGGAGAUGACCCGAUUACAAAGCAGCAGAACCUACUCGAGGACCUCCAAGACCUGUAUGACGACGCAGAGAAAGAACAAGCAGAGUUGAGGCGCAAAGCUGAGGAAUACGAGGCCAGAACAGAGGAACAAGCGGGCAUGAGUGAUGACGAGGAAGAGGACGAGAGCGAUGCUUCUUCUGAAUCGAGCAUACCAGUAGCGGGGUCCACGAUACAAACCCUAAGGGGCCGAUACUCUGCGCUGGAGCAAAUCUACGAGAACUGGGGCAUCCAAACUAUAGUCGGACACUUCACAGACGGGCUACAUAGAGAGGAUGUCAAAGACGACGACAAACUUGACGCCGGCGUCAUUGAGCGACUUCGUGACUUAUCCGAAGUCACCAACUCGGCGGCACACGGUAGGAGGAUAAGACGGAGGCUAUGGAGAAGCUUGCGAGGAUUGGAAGAGUACGAUGUUGAACGGGUCGUAGCCAGGGUAGCACUAGUCGGUCAUUACUACGUCAAUAUCCAAGCUGAGAGAGAAGAAAGACGAGCGAGGGGAGAAAUUGUUGGCGAUUCGAGCGAUUCCGAAGACGAAGAACCAGGCGAAGCGGAUAAGGAAAAGGAGAAGGGAAAGGGUAAAGGGAAGGCACCAGCGACCAGGGCAGAAGCCAAUGAAUCAGCAAACCCCAAAUCCAAGCGUCGCCCAGCGCAACAAAAGGUUCAGAAGAGGAAACCGGCAGCUCAAAGCCGAAUAGAUGACCCGGAUGCGUCAUCGGAGUCUGAACGGCGUCGCUCGGAGCGGAUUUCCAAUCGCGAGGCAGGACGUAAAGGCAGGCCAUCGCUAGUGGUAAAGCUCAAGUUGCGCAACCUUCGCGGUACACCUCAAAGGAACAGCCCCUCUACCAGCCAGUCAUCCGUUGCUUCAACGGCACCAUCCAGUGCAUUGCUAGUCACAUCAACUCCGGGUGAUCAGCCAUCCUCAUCCGCCGCAAUCGCGCGCCACCAUCAUGUCGUAGAUGAAGCCACUGCAGCGUCAAGACGUGGAGAGCUCGCUGAUGCAAGAAGGACACUUCGCGAAGCUCAAGCCAUGGAAGAAUUUGCUGAAGCACAGGUUGUGUCUACGCGGACUGCACAUGAGAGAGCUGUUAGCUGGAGAGAAAAUGCGCGCACUCACGCCACGCGUGUUCGAGAGGAGCUGCGAUUGAUCGAGGAAGUGAUGGGUGGUGAAGAGAGUCAGAGCGAAGACGCUGAAGAUGCGGAGCCAAGACGAGACGAACGCGAAGACGAAGGCUAAGGGGACGAACAGUGAGGAAAUCUAGAGCAGCGGGGUAUGACUUAGCGGGAGGUUCGAAUGACGCGUCUCAC